AUGCCGUGCGGGACCCUGGCGCAGGGGGUUGACAGCCACUCCAGCUUCCUCCUUUCAGCCGUCGGGCGGGUGUUGCACAAAGCGCACCUGACACCUUUGGCGUCGGAGACGACCCUGUGGGUCGACACCGACGCGGAGCAGCCGUCGCCGCCGGCACGCAGCGGCCGCGGCGCCUCGGCGCUCGCGUGUGUCUCCGCGGCGGGCCUGGCCGUGGUCGCUCCGGCGCUCAAGGAGCGCAGGCGGAGGCCCCGUGGCCGCCGGGGUGCCGUGGCCGUGGCAGCGGAGGCGCCGCUGAGGCCAGGCGAGCAGGCCUCCCGCAUGCCCGACCGGGGCACGUUCCCCCCGAGGCCCACGCCCUUGCUCGACUCGCUGGGUGACGAGGGGACCUCGCGCAUCCGCGGCAUGAGCGUGGAGCAGCUCACCGAACUCGCGGAGGAGGUGCGCUGGCAGGUGCUCGACGCGGUCUCGGUCACCGGCGGCCACCUCGGUGCCGGCCUCGGCGUGGUGGACCUGACGGUCGCGCUGCACCACGUCUUCGACACCCCCCGCGACGAGAUCUGCUGGGACGUGGCUCACCAGUGCCAGCCGCACAAGGUGCUCACCGCGCGCCGCAGCAGGAUAUACACCCUCCGACAGGGCGGCGGGCUGUCCGGGUUCGCGAAGCGCAAGGAGUCUGAGUACGACGCGUUCGGCGCCGGCCACUCCUCGACUUCGAUCAGUGCCGCCGUGGGCUUCCAGACCGCGAGGGACGUCCAGGGCAAGCAGGGGCACAGUGUCGCUGUCAUCGGCGACGGCGCUAUCACCGGCGGCAUGGCGUGGGAGGCCAUGAACCACGCCGGCGGCAUGGGCUCCAAAGUCGUCGUCGUUCUCAACGAUAACGGCCAGGUGUCAUUGCCCACGUUCUACAACAAGGUCAAGGACCCUGUGGGCGCGCUGUCGCAGACGCUGGGCAACACCCGCGAGCAGGCGAGCCAGAGGGGCCUCAACAUCCAGAACGAUCUCGCGAAGAUCGAGACCUCGGAGACCUUCCAGAAUGCCAGGAACCUCGCCAAGGCGGCGUCGAGGUCGCUCCUGCCAGAGCAGCUGCAGACCGCGGCCGCCAAGGUUGACGAGUACGCCCGUGACUUCGUCAAGACGGUGCCCUUCAAGGGCAGCGGCGCUGGCAGCAAGGGCGAGCUGUUUGAGCAGCUUGGCUUUUACUACGUCGGCCCAAUUGAUGGUCACAACAUGGAGACCCUGACCCAGGUGCUGGGGAACAUCAAGGAGCAGCACCGGGACGGCACCAUCAACAAGCCCGUCCUCUUGCACAUCAAGACGCAGAAGGGCAAGGGCUACGAGCCUGCGCAGCGCGCGACCGACAAGCUCCACGCGGUUAAGCCAAAGUUCAAUCUUCCAAAGGUCGCUGCCCCGUCGGACAAGAUUAAGGUGGCCAAGGACCCCCUGACCAAGGUGUUCGCGGACGCGCUCGUGCGGGAGGCCGAGGCCGACGACAAGAUCGUGGCCAUCACGGCCGCGAUGCCCGGCGGCACCGGCAUUGGUAUCUUCGAGGAGCGCUUCGGGCCCGGGCGCACCUUCGACGUGGGCAUCGCGGAGCAGCACGCCGCCACCUUCGCCGCGGGCCUGGCCGCCGGAGGGCUGAAGCCGUUCUGCUCCAUCUACUCCACCUUCAUGCAGCGCGCCUACGACCAGGUGGCCCACGACAUCUGCCUGCAGAAACUGCCGGUGCGAAUGAUCCUCGACAGGGCCGGCCUCGUCGGCGCGGACGGCGCGACGCACGCGGGGUCCUUCGACCUGACGUACCUGUCCUGCCUCCCGGACAUCGCCAUCGCAGCCUCGGCGGACGAAGCGGAGCUGGUGAGCAUGGUGCACACGUUGGCCCAGAUAGACGAUAUGCCCACCGCGCUGAGGUUCCCUCGCGGAGAGGCCUACGGGGACGUCGAGAUGCCAGCGGCACCGCUCUUCCUGGAGCCAGGCAAGGGCCGCAUCGUCCGCGAGGGCCGCGACGGGUCCCUGGCCAUCCUGUCGUGUGGGAGCCGGCUGCGGGAGUGCUUGAAGGCCGCCGAGGAGCUGGAGAAGAUCGGCGUGUCGGCCACCGUUGCGGACGCCCGGUGGGCCAAGCCCGUCGACAAGAAGCUGAUCACGCUGCUGGCCGCCGAGCACAAGUGCCUGCUCACCAUCGAGGAGAACUCCAUCGGGGGCUUCGCCGCCCAGGUCCAGGACGUCCUCCUGAACGGUGGCCACCUCGACGGCCAGGGCAUGCCUCCGGUCGUCUUCCGCAGCAUGAUGUUCCCAGACCGCUGGAUCGAUCACGACGUCCCGUACCUGCAGUACGAGGACGCCAAACUCAACGCCAGCCACAUCGUCGACAAGAUCCAAAGCAUGCUCUCGCGCGCGGGCGUCAGGACGCAGGCGGCCGAGGCCAUGCUGCCCCUCGGGCCGCAGAAGCGCGGGUAG